CGGCACUGGAACGGGACUUUGACGCGGAACAGCUAUCAGCUCGUGUUGAGCUUGUUUUGCGGAGCACGCGAGUGCGCGAGCGACAGUGCUAUAAGAGCAGUGUUCUUUGUGGCGCCGCUGCCUACGGAGACCGUGUAUCACCUUCCACGUUCGAAACGGUGGGUCUCUCUGCGGGCACCGCGCAGCCGUAGGAACGCUGCUCGCCGCCUUAUAUGCGGCAGGCGGCUGUGGUGACGCCCACUGGCUGUCCCGACCGCGCCAGACCGGGGGAGCGCGUGCAGCGUGUGUCCUUCGGUCGCCUCGUCACCGGCCGCCGCCACUGAACAGCACUGACCAGCGCUGAAGAGGUAACCGGUGAGCUGGUGGUUUUGUGCAGCUGAAGUAUUAUAAACUAGCAGCAGUAUUUUAGCCACACCCAAGAUGACUAUAAAAGGCCUGCCUUUCUUUGCUGCUGGAAAAGUGGUGAAAGGUUUUGGAAGAGGCUCAAAACAACUCGGCAUCCCAACAGCCAACUUCCCAGAGAACGUGGUGGACGGCCUGCCGUCGUCCGUCGGCGCCGGCGUCUACUUCGGCUACGCCCGCGUGGAUGAUGGGCCCGUGCAUAACAUGGUCAUGAGCAUCGGCUGGAAUCCCUUCUACAAGAAUGAGAAGAAGUCCAUGGAGACGCACAUCAUGCACAAGUUUACGGGGGACUUUUACGGCUCGACCCUGCGCGUGUGCAUGGUGGGGUUCAUUCGGCCCGAGAAGAACUUCAAGUCGCUCGACGAGCUGAUCCGCGCCAUCAACGACGACAUCGACGUGGCGGCAGAGCUAUGCGCACGCCCCGAGAACGCCGCCCUCGCCAAGGACGACUUCUUCUUUCAGUCGCUGGCCUCCACCAGCAGCGGCGAGACCAGCGACCGGACCACGUCCCCAGAGGAAAGCGUGAUUGUCCGGAGUGACAGCGAGGGCAGUAUAGAGCACUGAAUGCCGUCGGCGCGGUAGAGAUUAGAAAUGGGGGACGGACAUUUACCGCGUAGGACGGAGUCUGUGGCAUGUCAAGCACGGUCUGGGGUCAGCUCGCGACCUUUAUCUCUGUUGUCUGUAAUUUAUUGAGCUCGGUGUCAUUAUGUUCGGAAUGGAUCAUUUUGCGACCAGUGGAGCUUGAGAAGGCUUGGCGAGCCAUGAGCGGCGUAUUUUGUUUCCACGAAGGAGAUAUCUUGGCGCUCCGAGACGUACUGAACCACCUGUCUGCCUUACUGAAGUGUUAUCAUCCGCCUGCCCCUCCAAAAAAACAAUACUUCAGUCUGAGAUCUGCAUCAAUCCUGCGCUGAACGAUGCGUACCACGGCGCAGUAUUGGUCGUUGUCCGUAGGCUGUGGUUCGCAAGCUGGGUCGUCGGCGAUAGUCGCGGGCAGAGGUCAGGGUCACGGUUAGACGGCGAAGGGUAGACGAUUGGUGUUCUCAGUGACGGCAUGGGGGCCCGCGUGUACCCAUCGUAUGGCGAUGGUGUCUGUGGUGCUGGUGGACACCGUCUACCGUUGUCGCCUGCGGUGAGUCUACAUUCUGCUUCACAUGCUUACUUCGAAGCCUUGUUGGGAUCGCUAGUUCGUGGGUGCAGCUUUACCGCCGGCGUGCUAUUGAUGAACGCGGCGAUUGGUAAAUUAUGAUGGACUUAUCGGUGUAGGAUGGCGAGAUGGCGCAAGUUUGAUGUAGAGCGGCCGUCCGAUCAAAGGCCAUCGAGUGCGAUUACGGCGAAGAUGAAAAUGGAGAUCGGGGUGAAGAGGGAGCUUAGAAAUAUGGCCGAGAUGGAUUAAAAUGCAAUGUGGUGUCAUUGGUGAGAUCGCGCGACUUGCAUUUGGACUAGAACGUGCAUGUCGCACAUGUCGUGGCCAACAGCCUACCGAUGUGUGUAGUGGCGUAUUGGAUGUGAUCAAGGUGCGACAUCCAGGUACUCUGCACGGCCAGUGGGUGUCAAGACGCACCGUCCAUUUGCUUUACGGUAGAACAAACCUGCUGAUUUAAGCCACUAUAUGUAGUUAAAGUGUAACAAGAGAAAUAUCA